GAUUUUUUAUUUUUUGUUUUCAUAAUUUUUCGCGAGCAUUGAUCAAAACGAGUUGGACCGCAUCAUUUGCACACUCUUCUGAAGUCAAUCAAAACAUUAUCCUCAGUUACGGAGGGACUGUUGGAUGCCUGGAUUGGGUUAGAGGGAGACGGACAGGGAGCGUAAAGAAUCUGUGGUACUUUGAACAAUUCAUCAAUGGCGGGUUCUCUAUCGUCCACUCUAGCCCUCUGCACAUCGUUCCUCUCUUCUCCUCAGAAAUCACAGACGACUCCAAGUUCCUUUUCCACCUUCAAUAUUGACGACAAGCCCUCUCUCAUCUGCUGCUCCAAGAAGAAAGCCAGUUUCGUGGACCAAAUCCUUGACUAUAUUGAAGGGGGGCCAAAGUUAAGAAAAUGGUAUGGGGCACCUGAUCUCCUCCCAAAAGAUGGAUCAGCAGUGGAAGAAGAGGAUGAAUCCUCGGAUGUAGAAGAAGCAAGGGAUGCUGUUCUAGUAACUGAUGGAGAUGGUGAGAUUGGUCAGAUGGUAGUAUUAUCACUGAUUGUGAAAAGAAUUCGAGUCAAGGCACUGGUGAAGGAUAAGCGGGCUGCAGUUGAAGCCUUUGGAACUUAUGUUGAGUCAAUGACUGGAGAAGCAAAUGAUAGGCUGUUCCUAAAGAAGGCUCUAAGAGGUGUCCGCGCAAUUAUAUGUUCAAAUGAAGGAUUCUUUUCUAAAGUUGGGAGUUUGGAUGGAGUACAGCAUGUGAUUCUCUUAUCGCAGUUGUCCGUUUAUAGAGGUACCGCUGGUGUUCAAGCUCUCAUAAAAAGCAAUGCAAGAAAAUUGGCUGAGGAAGACGAAUCAAUUGUGAUGGCUUCAGGGAUCCCUUACACCGUUAUCAGAGUUGGCUUAUUAGAAAAUACACUGGGUGGAAAGCAAGGUUUCAGCUUUAAAGAGGGGGGUGCAGCCAAAGGAAGGCUUAGCAAGGAGGAUGCUGCCUUUAUAUGUGUAGAAGCGCUUGAUACAGUCCCACGAACAGGAUUGAUAUUCGAGGUGGUCAAUGGUGAAAAGAAGAUUUCAGAUUGGAAGAAGUGUUUCACGGCAUUGAUGGAGAAAGCAGAACAGUAGCUUCAAUGACUAAUCAAAUUAGGCACAGCAGCAAUUCCACAUUUACUGUAAUAUUUCUUGAGUCUAAUUCUGGAUUGGCUCUCUUGGCAACGACCACAAUGCAUGAGUAGUCGCAGACCAUUGCACACAAGCUUUGAUCUCCUCUUGAUGGCAAUGUCGGUUUUCUACUUUUUCAUGUAAUUUCUUCAAUAUGCAGUGUACCCAAUUGGAUUUAGAACAAGCCUAAUCAAUAUAUACAUAUUUAUAAACA